GUCGAACGUGCGCUCGACUUUGUGAUCGACAGGAACGGCUUAUAGCUCCCCUCUCUCCUCCCUAAAAUGGUGUCUCUCUACCCCCAGCAAGCCAGCAGACAUGGUCGAGCCUGUCGCGCGUAUACGCUUGUACAAGCCGUCCGAGGAGGAUGACAAGCUCGUCCGCUUCGUGCUGGGCAAGGCUUACAUGGGUCUUCUUGCAGAGGCGAAUCAACGAGCAUACUUCCACCCGUUAAUGAUCGCGAGCUGGGUAGCGAUGUCCUGCAUAUUCAUUCAGGUCAUGCAUUGGUGGCCGGACUAUGAUGCCUUUGGAUGGCUCAGCUUCCUCAAGCCAUUGCCUGCGUUUGCAUCCAUGGCGGUGCCAUUCAUGUUUUUCAUUGACUGGAGGAACCGCCCAGCGUUCGAGAAGCUGACGCAGAACACACUGCGCAAACCAGACAUUUUCGACAUUGCGUCUUACUACUCCCGCUCGCCCGCAUCCGGGCUUUGGAUUCUCGAAUACGGCCAGAGCUUUGUGGGGCUCAUCGCCGUCGACGCUUCGCCGGACUCCACCUCCGAAAUCACCAUCUCGGCGGACACGACCUGCGAAUUCACGUCUGGCACCUCCGCCGUCGCGACUAUCCGCCACUUCCACGUCGAGGAGAAGUAUCGCAAGUCGGGAGUGCAGGACGAUCUAUUAGAGCAUGCGUUGCGCCGGACGUUCGAGUCCGCUGAGCAGGUGCAGAAGGUCCGGAUCGUGUACUGCCCGCUUGCGACGUACAUCGGGGAGUGUCUGCGGAAAUAUGGGUUCCGCACAGUCGAGCAUACUAGCGUAUCAGGAGUCAGCUUCGAGGAGUGCGCAUUGGAUAGGAGCGCUUGGGAGAAAAAGUCGAUAUAGGCCGUGACCUGUGCUCAGAAAACGUGCUGGACUGCUCUGGAUAUAUCUCACAUCCCCGUAAUUUAUUAUUUAGAGGGACAUGCAUAAAUGGUGCUAUAGUGUAGCUCUG